CGGAGGGCAGGGUCGGGCCGCGCCGGCAGCCGGACGGGCGCAGCGCGGCUCGGGCCGCCCCCUGCCCUCGGAGCAGCAUGAGGGCUUUGUGCUGAUCCAGAAGGACACCAUUCACUGUAGUGUGGCCCAGAAUGUGCUUUCAGGCUUCCUUUCUGAUUUUGGUAACUUUCUGAAUGUCAACCAAUGCUGUGGGACACUGUUCGCAUCCACAGAUUAAUAAUGCUUGUAAGCCAGAGGUGAAAGUGGCUCAGCAGUGCAACAUCAGGAAGUCUGGCAGACUGGAAGAGAACAGCUGCCCCCCAGGGUAGCUGCUAAGUGCGAAGCAUGGAAGAAAGUAAGAACGAGAAGGUGAACCAGGCGCAUGUUCUCUUCGACAGAUUUGUCCAGGCUUCAACUUGCAAGGGGACUCUCAAGGCUUUCCAAGAGCUCUGUGAUUACCUAGAACUAAAGCCCAAGGACUAUCGUUCUUUCUAUCACAAACUCAAAUCCAAACUAAAUUACUGGAAGGCCAAAGCCUUGUGGGCCAAAUUGGAUAAGAGGGGCAGCCAUAAAGAUUACAAGAAGGGGAAAGCGUGCGCCAACACAAAGUGUCUGAUAAUUGGGGCUGGACCCUGUGGCCUUCGUACAGCCAUCGACCUGUCAUUCCUAGGAGCGAAGGUGGUGGUCAUAGAAAAGAGGGAUGCCUUUUCCCGCAAUAAUGUUCUGCACUUAUGGCCGUUCACCAUACACGACUUGCGGGGUCUUGGCGCCAAAAAGUUCUAUGGCAAAUUCUGUGCAGGAUCCAUAGACCAUAUCAGUAUCCGUCAGCUCCAGCUUAUCCUUUUGAAGGUUGCCUUGAUCUUGGGAAUCGAGAUCCAUGUCAAUGUGGAAUUUCAGGGGCUUGUUUAUCCUCCCGAGGAUCAGGAGAAUGAAAGGAUAGGUUGGCGUGCAUUGGUCCACCCAAAAACACAUCCAGUAUCUGAGUAUGAAUUUGAAGUAAUCAUUGGAGGGGAUGGCAGGAGGAACACCUUAGAAGGGUUUCGCCGAAAAGAGUUCCGUGGCAAACUAGCAAUUGCUAUCACAGCAAACUUCAUCAAUCGUAACACCACAGCUGAAGCCAAAGUAGAAGAGAUCAGUGGCGUGGCCUUCAUAUUCAAUCAGAAGUUCUUCCAGGAUCUGCGAGAAGCCACAGGUAUUGACUUAGAGAACAUUGUCUACUACAAAGAUGAUACACACUACUUUGUCAUGACUGCCAAAAAGCAGAGCUUGCUGGAUAAAGGAGUGAUACGGCAUGAUUUUGCUGACACAGAGUUACUACUCUCACGGGAGAAUGUAGACCAGGAGGCCUUGCUAAACUACGCCAGAGAAGCAGCUGACUUCUCCACUAAUCAGCAGCUGCCAUCACUGGACUUUGCCAUCAAUCACUAUGGUCAGCCAGAUGUGGCUAUGUUUGACUUCACAUGUAUGUACGCAUCAGAGAAUGCAGCACUGGUGCGAGAGCAGAACGGCCACCAGUUACUUGUGGCGUUGGUUGGGGACAGUCUCUUAGAGCCUUUUUGGCCAAUGGGAACUGGAAUAGCCAGGGGGUUUCUGGCUGCCAUGGAUUCUGCUUGGAUGGUACGAAGCUGGUCGCUCGGAGCUAGCCCUUUAGAAGUUCUUGCAGAGAGGGAAAGCAUUUAUAGGCUAUUGCCUCAGACAACCCCUGAGAAUGUGAGUAAAAACUUCAGCCAUUAUAGCAUUGAUCCUGCCACCCGGUAUCCCAAUAUCAACGUCAACUUUUUGCGACCACAGCAGGUGCGUCACUUAUAUAAUACAGGAGACUUGAAAGACAUUCACUUGGAAAUAGAAAACUUUGUGAACUCCAGAACACCAAAGCUGACUCGGAAUGAGUCCGUAGCUCGCUCCAGUAAAUUGCUCAGUUGGUGCCAGAGGCAGACUGAUGGAUAUGCUGGUGUAAAUGUGACAGAUCUCACAAUGUCAUGGAAAAGUGGCCUAGCUUUGUGUGCCAUUAUCCACAGAUACCGUCCAGACCUAAUAGACUUUGAUUCUUUGGAUGAGCACAAUGUGGAGAAGAAUAACCAGCUGGCCUUUGACAUCUCUGAAAAAGAGUUUGGAAUAUCUCCCAUUAUGACUGGAAAGGAAAUGGCAUCUGUUGGAGAGCCAGAUAAACUGUCAAUGGUGAUGUACCUCACGCAGUUCUAUGAGAUGUUCAAAGACACCAUCCCCUCUAGUGACAGUUUGGACCUGAAUGCAGAAGAAAAAGCUGCCCUAAUUGCCAGUACCAAAUCUCCUAUCUCUUUUCUCAGCAAACUGGGACAAAGUAUCUCUCGGAAACGUACCCCAAAGGACAAAAAGGAAAAGGAACUGGAUGGUGCAGGAAAGAGGAGGAAAACAAGUCAGUCUGAGGAUGAGGACCUUCCUCGAAGCUACAGAGAAGAAAGACCCACACUGGUGAGCGCCCUGACAGAGAGAAGAAUCGAUGCUGCCAUUGGGAAUCAGAACAAAGUGAAGUCCAUGGCAACCCAGCUACUGGCCAAGUUUGAGGAGAAUGCACCAGUGCAGUCUUCAAGCUUACGGAGACAGCAGCCUGUUCUGCCUUACCAAGAACGUGUUCACAACCAACCAUCCAGCAGAAGAGAACAGGGCCGUAUUGCUUCUGUGCCCCAGUGGAAACAGCUGAGGAGUAAGGAAUGUUCUCGGACCUGCCCCAAAAAAGUGAUCAUGCUCUCUUCUUCCACUCCACCUUCCUCUCCACCGUAUCUCAGACAGCAGAGAAACUGGGAACGUGGUGCUGAAUCUCCUGGGGAGCAGAGUCCCAGACAGGAAAGGAGAUCUCCUCGUUUUUUUUCUGAUGACCAAGUGCCCGAGAACCUUGAACAAAGGGCAUGUCAGCGGGCUGCCCUCCUGGAGCCCAGGCCUACAGUGAGGCAUCAGCCUGAGACUGAACCGUCUCGCCGAUUCUUUGUUGACCAGUGGGAGCUCUCCCUUAGCCUCCGUUCUUCUAAUCGCCCUUCUUCACCCUCAUCUGACUCCCUUCGACAGAAGUAUAUAAAGAUGUACACAGGCGGAGUGAGCUCAUUGGCUGAGCAGAUAGCCAAUCAGCUUCAAAGGAAAGAGCAACCCAAAACCCUUCUAGACAAGAAGGAACUGGGCUCACUUAAAAAGGAGUUCCCCCAAAAUGUGGGAGGCAGUGAUGUCUGUUACUUCUGCCACAAGCGAGUCUACGUGAUGGAAAGGCUGAGUGCUGAAGGCAAGUUUUUCCACCGCAGCUGCUUCAAGUGUGAAUACUGUGCCACCACUCUGCGCUUGUCAUCUUACGCCUAUGAUAUUGAAGAUGGUAAAUUCUACUGUAAGCCUCACUACUGUUACCGACUCUCUGGUUAUGCUCAGAGGAAGAGGCCAGCAGUGGCUCCUCUGUCAGGAAAGGACCCCAAAGGACCUCUGCAGGACGCCAUGGCAAGUGAUGGGAAUGGACGGGCAAAUUCCAUCUCCGCCUCGGCAGAGAGGACCCCAGGUGCUAAUGUAAAUGGGCUGGAAGAGCCUAGCCUUGCCAAGCGACUGCGGGGCACACCUGAGCGGAUUGAGCUGGAGAAUUACCGACUGUCACUGCAACGGGAAGAAGAACUGGAAGAGGUUCCUGAAGAGACACUGGCAGAACAUAACCUGAGCAGUGUAUUAGACAAAGCAACAGAAGAUGAUGUGCCCAGCAGUAGUUCAGAGUCUGAGAUGGAGGAGGAAGAUGAGGAGGAUGAUGAUGAACUACUGCAGCCUCAGCAACCCCCUUCAGACCUGGGUGGCGUACCAUGGAAAGAGGCUGUGCGUAUCCAUGCCCUCCUGAAAGGAAAGAGUGAAGAGGAGAUUGAGGCCGAGGAGAAUCUUGAGAUUGAAGACAAAGAGGGAGAAUAUGAUGAUGAUGAGGAAGAUGAAGAGGAGGAAGAUGAGCAGUCUAGCGAAGAGGGAGAGUAUUGCCCUUGGGAGAGAGAGCUGCAGCAAGGCCUCUGGCUUCAACGUCUCUCAAAUGAAGAGGACACGGGUACAUUUAAAGCUGGAAACCUUAGACUGCAGCAGAUUGUAAAUCCGAUUGAUCCCUUGGAGAUCCUGGCAGAUGUGCACUGGACACACAUCCGUGAAAAAGAGGAGGAGGAAAAAAUGGUCCCAGCCUCAAAGUCCUCCACCUCCAGAGCAUCCGACCUUCCUUCCAUACGCCAUGAGGCAGUACAGGCGUGGCUGGAGACGGUCCCUGGAGCUCCAUGUGAGGCUAAUGAAGUGGAGGAUGAGCUGGGCACAGAGCCUGCAGACACGGAAGGGCAGGCAGGUGAAGAGGGAGACACAGGUGCAGAACUGGAUGACGAUGAGAUUGCAUCUGAUGCAGAAGCUGAGUUCCGCUUACAGCAAGGUGACAUAGAGGAGCCAAAACUAAAAGUCUCUGAAAAUGAAGAAGAUGAAGAAGGAACAGAAGGUGCUUCUUCCAGUGUGACAGAAGAUCCAUGCAAGCCAUCCAUUCCUAUCCAGCCAGCUAAUGACAGUGUUCUUCCUCUGUCUCCUGUUGAUAGUCCCAAAGCAAAACAAACAGAGGAUGUAAAAGAUCCCCUUGCUGCAGUAUCCCAUGCUGUGAAAUCUCCAGAGACACGCUUUUUUCCUGAGCCUUUCAUUCUUGAAGAAGGACCAAAGGAUGAAAUCCCAAAAGACAGGAAAGUUAAGAGCCCUUCAGUGCCAGUCUCUCCAGUAUUAUCCCAGCCAGUUGCAUCACCAGAAGCCAUUGCACCUACAUCACCAGCAGAAUCUCAGCCAGCAGCACCGACAUUGGCUUCAUCCCCAACAUCUGCUCAAACGCCUAUCUGUUCACAGCCUUUGCCUUCUACUGAAGCAUCCAUUCCAUCCCCAGUGGAACCUCCAGUGUGUUUCCAGCCUGUCCCAGCCUUAACAUCUACUCCUCUGGCCAAACUAGUCCUAAGGAGCCAGGAAAGCGAGGUGGAAAAGUUGGGAAGCCCUACUACUGCAGAAGAAGCUCUGAAACGGAGUAAUCUUGUAGAAGAGUUCUGGAUGAAGAGUGCUGAAAUUCGGAGGAGCUUAGGCCUCACCCCAGUAGACAGAAAAAAACGCUCAGAGCCAAGCUGGACUGUAUCUGCCCUUGAGACAACUCCUCUGAAGUCUUUUAACACUGAGAAUGUUUCAGGGGAGGAGAGGAUUGAUCUUGUGAAACCUCAGCCUGCUCUAAGAAGACAGGAACUGUCCAAGUCAGAAAAUGAGCAGAUUUCUCUGCUCACCCCAAAAUCUCCAUCAGAAAAAGAUCUGAAGAGUUGCAAUGAAGUAAGGAGAGAUGUAUCCAGCAGUUCCGGACUUGGCCUUCAGGAGAGUUCAUCUAACAUGAGAACACUGGCUAGCCAGAGCUUCAACACUUCUGACUCUGCCAUGCUUACUCCUCCAUCAAGUCCACCUCCACCACCUCCUCAGAAUGAAGAACCAGCCACUUUGCGUAAAAAGAAGCAUCAAGCAAUUUGGCAGAAUGAGGUUGAAAUCAAGUCACCUCCAACACCAGCAUCAACACCUCCUGCUCCCCCACUCUAUGAGCCAAUCUCUACUGCCAAAGAAUCAACUCAGGCCAAAAAAGAAGACGUGCGAAAGUCUUUUGCAGAGAGUGUAGAUGAGAUUCCAUUUGCUGAUGAUGUAGAGGACACAUAUGAUGAGAGGACAGAGGACACAAGCCUUCAUGAGAAGUUCUUUACACCUCCUACCAGUAGGCCAAGGCCAGAGAAACCACUUGUUUUGCCCUUGGUCAAAGAAAAUGGUGGUCCACCCUCAAUGGAAGGAGGGGUUAACCAAAAGAAAAGAGUACUACCUGGAAUUUCUCCAGAAGCAAAGGAACUUGCUGAAGAAAGAAUGAGAGCCAGAGAGAAGUCUGUCAAGAGCCAAGCACUACGAGAUGCCAUGGCUAAACAGUUGUGUAAGAUGAAAGAUAUGGAGAUGGCUGCAGCUGCUGCUGCUGGGGCCGCUAGGGCACGAAAGGCAUCUUCCAUGCCCUUGAAGACCAAAGAGUUGUUUUAUGACUCUCCAAAGCAUUUGGCCUUGAAAAUAGCAGAGAGCUCCACACUAAAGCAUGAUGCUGCUAGUGAAAAGUUCUCCACUCCUCCUGCUGAUGUGGCUGGGCCUGAAGGGUCCAUCACUUCUUCAGAAGGCUCCAGUGGAAAAAGUAAGAAAAGAACUUCUCUUUUCUCCCCUCGUAAGAACAAAAAGGAGAAGAAAUCCAAAAACGACAGCAGGCUCUCUGACAAAUCUAGUGGUGGGACAGAGGAAGCAACAAAAACUAGAUCAUUAUGGAAGUCUGUUUUUUCUGGGUAUAAGAAAGACAAGAAGAAAAAGACUGAUGACAAAUCCUGCCCAAGCACUCCCUCAAGUAGUGCCACUGUGGAUUCUGGCAAGCACAAGUCUUCUCCAUUGGUUACAGCAGCAGAUUUGCAGCUCCGUCGACACCUGAGUUUCUCAGAGGACUCUGACCUCUCCAGUGAUGAUAUUUUAGAACGUUCCUCCCAGAAAUCCAAGCGAGAGGCGUUUCAUGAGAAAUUCUGCAUUUUGCAAGAGAUGCAGAAGAAUGAGUCGGUUUAUGUACCACACGCCUUGGCAUUCAAGAGGUCAUAUUCGUCAAAGAGAGCCUACACAGAAGAGGAACUGAAUGCCAAGCUCACUCGGCGAGUGCAGAAGGCUGCCCGUAGACAAGCCAAGCAAGAGGAGCUAAAGAGGUUACACAGAGCCCAGAUCAUCCAACGCCAACUUGAACAAGUGGAAGAGAAGCAGAGGCAACUCGAGGAGAGAGGGGUUGCUGUGGAGAAGGCCCUUCGGGGAGAAGCAGACUAUUGGGGAGAGUCUUAUUACAGUGACCUCAUCGACUUGCAUCUGGGUGUUGAGCCCAAUGCCGGGACACCACGUCGUAGACCUCUCUCCUUCUGCCCUUGCUGUGCCCAUGAAGGCAUGGGGAAGAAGGAUGAUCCAAAGCUGAUGCAGGAGUGGUUCAAGCUAGUACAGGAGAAGAAUGCCUUGGUUCGCUACGAGUCUGAACUGAUGAUAUUUGCUCGGGAACUGGAACUAGAAGACAGACAGAGUCGAUUACAGCAGGAACUUCGGGAGAGGAUGGCAGUGGAAGAUCAUCUGAAGACAGAUGAGGAGCUCUCAGAGGAGAAGAGGAUCCUGAACGAGAUGCUAGAAGUGGUAGAGCAGAGAGAUUCUCUCGUGGCUCUCCUUGAGGAGCAACGGCUUCGAGAAAAAGAGGAAGACAAGGACCUGGAGGCAGUCAUGCUCUCCAAAGGCUUUAGCUUGAACUGGUCCUGAGUUUAAAACAUUUACCUCUGCUGGUCUGUGUUGUCCAGUUGGCCUACCCUGAGUUUGCCAGAAUUACAUGAAUAGGAAGAUACUGAAGGGGAAACCUCAGAAGGGUCCGCCAGCAUGCAGGGAUUCAGUCUGAAGCACUCAGAAGCCUUUUGAUAAGUGUGUUGGUUCCAGAAGCUUAAGUUUCAUAUGUUUGCAAGCCAAGUUGAAGGUAGUGGGCUGAGACUAUGCAGUCUCCCUGAGGUCCCGUACAAUGGACCGUGUUUUUUCCUUGUGGUAGGAGGGAAAGGAAUAAACUCUAUGUGUGGGGAAGGAGGUUAAGGGGAGAAGUACCCUUAACUAACCUGAAUUUUUGGCAGUCCAUUCCUUUCCCAUUUUCACUACACCAGUUCUAAUAAAAGGGAGGGAAGAGGCAACCCUCUCUGGAGAACCACAGCAGCCUGUAGCAGCCUGUAUGGAGGAGUUAGCUAUCCAAGAGAGCUCCAGAAGCCCAGGGCAGCACCUUCUUUGCUUUAGUCUUCCUCUCCACCAAAGAAACCUGCAGUUGAUUAUUAUGCGUGGAUACGAAGAAAUAUGAGACAGAGAAGAUUCUGCUAGUAUGUGUGAUGGAACUCUCUGCCUCCUGGUUUUUAGAGAGUUUUGGGCAUCAGAGGACUCUCUCCCUAUCAUAGUUUCCUAAAUUUUGUUAUUGUUGUGGGGAGAAAAGAGGAGAAGAAGAGAAGGAAGAUGCCCUUCUGCUUUGCUACACACUGGAGAGAGAGCUACCGCUGGCCUUAGUCCUCACGGCCACAGCUCAGAGGCUGAUGGGUUUCUUUGUUCUGUUUUUGUUUUGACACUGGAAAAUACUGACUGUGGGACAGUAAUAAGUGUGUGCUGGGGUAAGGAUGUUACCAGGCGUUCCCUGGCUGUUAACCUCUAAAAAGGAGAAGCCCUUAAGUGACUGAACCACCAUUAAGACUUUUCAGUGUUUUUAUUUUUUCCUCUGUAUUUUGUUUUGCACAUCGGAAACAAAGCUUAAGAUCUGCCUGGGCCCUCAGUCACUUUGACCCUUUUAUGUCAAUUAACUUAUUUUUUUAAUACUUGAAAGAAGAUUCAUUUUUGUAUCUUUUAAGAAAAAUAUGGACGAGUGAUGGGUGUGUGUGCCUGCUGCAUCCUACAACUUCCACUUCUAAAUUGCUGGACGUUGUUACCUGUGGCUAUUUAUUAGUGUUCUUAUUAAUAAUGUUAAUGUUACACAUCUUUGAUUGUGGAGGGGGUGUUUUAACUCUAUUAGAGAAAGACACUACUGCGGAUUGGUCCCUGUUUCACAACCAAGGCAGCCUUUAUGGACCCAUGGAUGCAUCCUGCCCUAGCAGAUUUCCUUUGUGAUUAAAUCCAGUGUGUUCAUGGAGUUGUAAGAAUUUGUUUGUGUUCCUAGCAUACUUUUCUUCUGCAUCCCAGAUUCUCCCUGGGAUAAAACUCUAAUUUAUUUAAAUACUAAAUGUUUAUAAUGGGAAAGCCAAAACUGUGAGGUAGAGAUAUCCCAUAUGCCUCUUUCUCACUGAAAGAAAAAGGGGACCCUCGCACUCUUGAGAUACAGCUAGAGGGACUUCCAUGUAGAAGAAGCUCCUUGUGGCUCGGCUCAUGAAGCUGCUGCUUUUAAGCCAAGAGGGUGCUCAUUGUAAUCCUACAUUAAGUAAUGAGCAGGACGCGCACUGAGCAGUUCAGCACCAUUCACUCUUUGGCAGAUUCCCCAAGCACACUACACCCUUAACUUGUCCCACAGAGUUGAAAUAGCACUGUGCGCUGGGUAGGUGUCUCGUCCUUAAUGUGGUGUGCUAAGAGUUUUUUUCCCCUUGGGCUGUUGACUACUUUCUUUUCUUGUUAAGAAAUACAAAGCCUGCUCCUCAGAGUCUCUGAGAAAGUGUCUCAUUCCCAGGCAUCAUACAACACGCUGACUUUAUGCUGUUUGGUGCAAGAUACCCAAGCAGGGUUGAACAUCCUUUAAUCUUUUGCCCCAGAAUAGAAGUUAACAUGGUUUCUUGCUGUUGGCUCUCUGCCUUCCACAAAGAUGUCUUCUGUUAGCCAGGGUCUACAAUUUGAAUUCAUAUCUGACUCCUGAACAUAUCUCAAGCAAAGGAGAGUCCCCAGAGACUCUUAGCAGUGCUCAUUAACUGUGCAAACAUGUUUUUUCCAUCUCAGAUGUUUUUCCUUCAUCCUCUGUAGUGUUUUCUGCAGAAGCAUUACAAAUUAAACCCCAAACUUCCUGAAACAAAGCAGACAAGCAGCACUUGUGCUGCUUAGUAAUUGUGCACGUUAGCAAGUGGUACCUGUUAUACCAGUAUCACGGGACAAAACUCCUUUAAGUGUUGGUGUACCAGCAGGACGUCCACAGACAGAAUUUCCCCUACGUGCCAGUGCAGAGGCCAGCUGUAGAAGUCACAUUGUCAGUGGUAGUUUACAUAGUCUAUGUUUGAGAGGCCAGUGGAAAUUGGAGAGGAGGAGGGAAGAGAGGGAAGUGAGACAGCAGUUGAUUGUAAAUUCUCUUGUACAGAGAAUUGGCCUCUGUCCAUCUUAUAGUGCAGUAUGUAUAUGGAGCACAUCUGACAUCUGACUUUGAACAAAAAAUCAUUGAAUGUGAGCUGUAGAACAGAAAUCCUGAAGAAGAAAUAUCAUAUUACUACUACUUCUCUCUUUAGUGCUGAAGGACACUAGCCAGAUCUUUGCAAAGCUGAACAAUGAUAUCACUUGAGGCUGUAAUGCCCUACUGCAGGGGAAAAAAGCACAUAUUCUAAAGCUCUUUAGGCUAUGUUGAAGUCCUCCAGCACUGAGAAUGGAAAUGAGAACCUAACAUUGCAUACACGUAAAUUAGUUAAAAAAUACAUGAACGGGAAUCUUAAAAGGCUUUUUUUUUUUUUUUUUUUUUUUUUUUUUUAACCAGAAUGGUGGUAAAAGGCACAACUUGUACUUGUUGUUCAGUUGCACUUUAAGAAUAUAACUUGCAUAUCAGAUACUGGGGUUUUUUACUAUCUGAAUAUUUUUAAUUCAAAUUUUGUAUUUUUAAAGCUGAAGGAGGCUCUUGUGACCACAAGAUUCCUUAUUUGUAUCGGAAUCCAGGUAGGAUGUUCUAGCUAUCCAAGCAGGCAAUAGCACAUGGCUCAGUCAUGUGCAUUCAGUGAGUGUGGCUGUUUCGCACCUGAAGGAAGGGAAAGGCCCUCAGCUUCUGAGAAGUGGGCCUGCAACAGCAGGUGCCUUCCCCUUUUGUGAUGCUGUCCGUGGCAGGGGCUGGGCGCCCUGUGCAUGCGAUGGAAGGACAGCUGGGUUGGAGCCUGACCUGUGCUUGUUUCGAAAUGGGCACACUGAGGAUGGGGAGCACUGAAGUCCCCAAAGGGGAAGGGCAGGGGAUACUGUCUCCCGGGAACACGCAGGAGGUAAAUGGGCAUGGGAGGAGUGAGGACUGCCAAAACAACCAAUCUGCUCUUUUCACAGUACAAACAGCAUUUUUAACUAUUUUGUUUCUUUUACUAUGUUUUCAUUAAAACUCAAAAAUGGCUGUAAAAUCCUGAGCUUCAGAGAACUAUGCGUGGCAGAGAACUAUGAGUGGAGAGAUGACAUGAUUAUCUUUCAGCUCCAACUUCCAAGCAUACUCCUCCCUUUUUCAGUUAUCCAAAACGCCAUGGUCUCGCUAGGGCAUGUUACAAACUGCAUUGCUGAACAUAUUAGAGCAAACCGCACGUUUUAAAGUCUGUCCUUCUCUAACCGUCUCUGCGUUUUAUGUAAAUACUUUUUUGUAUAUAAAGACACCAGUGGAUCGUUGGGUUACCCCUGCGGUCAAGAACCUGAGUUUUGUGCAAUGCCUAGGCCUCUAUUAGAACACGGUGCUUGCGUAGAGCUAGUCACCACAUUUGUGUGCACUCUGGUUUUUAAUAUUUUUAUACAUUCUAAUCCUGAGCAUUACAAAGUAUUAUAAGCGGUCUAGACUGCAUGAUCUAGAGCAGCCAGCAGUUCCAUUUUCUUAGCACCCGUUCCUACAAUGUCCACAGCUACACCUUGUUCGGUUAACAUUGAGUUUGCAGUUAAAUGUUUACACCAGACACCAGUGGAUGAGAAAGGCAUUGCAUUUUAAAAUCUCCUGUGUACAAACUGCAAAGCCACGAUACGGCUGUGUUGGGAGUUUAAAUUGUCACAGUCUGCAAUAAAGAGAACUCUAAAGCAUACUAAAAACCAGCCUGUAUAUAAUUCACAGAGAAGAUUGCUUGCUCUUGACCAUUGCAAAAUAACAGAAAUUAGAGGCUUUCCAAAUGUAUCUGCUUUUGGAUUGCUCGAAGUACUGCUAUAGGCAGGGUAGCCGGACAGAUGAGGAUGUCAUUGAGAGUGUAGAUGUUAAGGGGAAAAUGCCAUGUUCUGAUGGCAUUGCAGUAAUUUAAAUACUCUCGAUAUGUGUGCGUGUGUGUGUGUGUGUGUGUGUGUGUGUGAAGUCUAAUCCAGGUGAAGAGAUCUGCUUUGGCAUCUUCCCUUUUGUAAGAAAGUGAACUCUGAUAUUCAGAUUGUUCAAGGCUUUUAUGGUUGGCAUGUAUGGAGUGUUAACAGAAAAGUGUAUACCCUACCUGUAAAAAAAAAAAUACCAACUCUGUUCCAGCCUGUUUUCUUCUGUUUGGUUGUGUUUUAUUGUUUGUUUUUAUGCACACUUGCUUUGUUGGUGUUGAGAGUUUAGCACCUCAGAUGGCCAACUGAAAUAAAAAAAUAAAGUCAUUAAUUAUUUUUUC